AUAUAUAAUAUGAGGUUGAAUUUGUAAAAUAGAUAUUUUCAAGAGAUGAACUAAUGAUGAUAGCUGAAUUAUGCCAAAAACAUGAUGUCAUUGCUCUCAUGGAUGAAGUUUACGAAUGGAUAGUGUAUAAGGGAAAUGAACAUAUAAGAAUGGCUACACUACCUGGCAUGUGGGAACGAACCUUAACUGUUGGAAGUGCUGGGAAAACAUUUAGUGUUACUGGUUGGAAGAUUGGCUGGGCUUAUGGGCCACAACAUUUGAUACAUCCUUUGCAGCUCCUUCAUCAGAAUUGCGUUUACACUUGUCCAACUCCUAUUCAAGAAGCAGUUGCUAUUGGUUUUGAAACUGAAAUAGCACUACUUGGUCAUCCAGAUGGUUACUGGAAAGAACUUUCUGAAAUGUUAGAAAAAAAGAGAGAUAAAAUGGCUAAGUUUUUAUCUGAAGUUGGAAUGGCUCCUAUUAUGCCAGAGGGUGGUUACUUUAUGAUAGCAGACUUUUCUGCUUUAGGAUCCAAAGUGAAUAUUGAUACUGAAGAAGGUACUAAAGAUUACAAGUUUGUAAAGUGGCUGUCAAAAACAAAAAAACUUCAAGGAAUCCCGCCAAGUGCCUUUUAUUGCAAUGAAGAUAAACAUUUAGCACAAAAUCUAAUUAGAUUCUGUUUUAUAAAGGAAGAUUCAACUCUUGAACAAGCUGAAAAAAUAAUAAAUGAUUUAAAGAAAUCAUUAUCUGCAUGAUUUUGUAAAUAUUGUAUCAUAGUAUGCAAUAUAUGUUAUGAUUAUAUACUAUUUUGGAAAAUGGUCUGUUUCUAAUAAAGUUUAUUUUAUUAAAUUAAUA